AGCAAUCAUCAUUGUCUGUGAAAUAAUAGGAAUGUUAUAACUGACAAUUUGAAAAUAUAAAUCUCGUGAGGCGCAGUAAAAGUAACUUACGGAUACUUUUACUGUAUAGUAUUGUUGAUAAAUUUGCGCAUUAUAACUCAUCAAACAUGGGUUGUGCCAUUAGUUCUGAACAUAAGGCUGCCAUUGAACGGAGUCGUAAAAUUGAUCGAGACUUAAGAAAUGAAAUGGUUAACCAGGCUAAAGAAGUUAAACUUUUGCUUCUAGGCGCUGGUGAAUCUGGCAAGAGUACUAUUGCCAAGCAAAUGAGGAUUAUUCAUGAACAAGGUUACACUCAAGAAGAAUGCAUCCAGCACAGAUCCGUUGUUCAUUCAAAUACAAUUCAAAGCUUAGCUGCAAUUAUCAAAGCUAUGAGGAUGCUCAAGAUUGACUAUGGAGAUUUAAAGAGAGAGCAAGAUGCAAGAAAAUUCUUGCAAUAUAUUUCAACUCAAGAUGCCACAAUCACACCUGAAUUGGCAAUCAUCAUGAAUCGGCUUUGGCGAGAUGAUGGUGUUCAAAUGUGUUUCUCGAGAUCUCGAGAAUAUCAGCUCAACGAUUCAGCCAAAUAUUAUCUCAGCUCACUGGAUCGAAUAUCUCAACCAAAUUACAUUCCGACUCAGCAAGAUGUACUCAGAACUCGGGUGAUUACCACUGGAAUUGUUGAAACUCAAUUUACGUUCAAGGGAUUAAAAUUUAAAAUGGUAGAUGUUGGGGGUCAGAGAAGUGAACGAAAAAAGUGGAUCCACUGUUUCGAAGGAGUUACCGCAAUAAUAUUUUGCGUUUCUCUUGCUGGUUAUGAUUUAAUGCUAGCCGAGGAUGAAGAAGUUAAUCGCAUGAUUGAAAGUAUGAAAUUGUUUGACUCUAUUUGCAACAACAAAUGGUUUGCUGAUACGGCCAUCAUCUUGUUUCUCAACAAAAAAGAUUUGUUUGCUGAAAAAAUCAAAAGAUCUCCAUUGACUGUUUGCUUUCCCGAAUAUCGAGGAAAUAAUAAUUACGAGGAAGCUGCUGCUUACAUUCAGAUGAAAUUUGAAAAUCUAAACAAAAGGAAAGGCUUCAAAGAGAUUUAUACUCAUUUGACUUGUGCCACUGACACCAAAAACAUACAGUUUGUUUUUGAUGCUGUCACUGAUGUUAUUAUCAAAAACAAUCUGAAAGAAUGUGGACUUUUUUGAAUUAUUUUACUGUAUUUUAUUUUUUACAUUAUAAAUGACUUCAACUUAUAAAGCAUCACUAAAAGUAAUUUUUAUAAUAAACUUUUCUGAAAUGUA